CCCACUUACUCUGCUGCAGCCAGCCCGAACCAUGCCUGUGCCGUGCUGCAUUCUGGCCCUGUCUGCCGCUCUCUGCCUCCUCAAGCUGCUCUGCUGCACACAUGGAGCCCCAGUGUCCCCCUCAGGAAGCACUCUGAUGCUGUGCCAAGCUCAAAUGAUGUGUGGGAACCAGUUCUAUGACCCUCAGCAACACUGCUGCCUAAAGGACACCCUCGUGCCUUUGGGCGACACCCGCCGGUGUGGCAGCUGCAGCUACAGAGUCUGCUUUGAGCAGUGCUGUGAUCGGUGGCCCCCCGAGCAGAAAGAGCCACUCAUGGUGAAGUUGAAUGUGGAGGACUGCUCCAUCCCGUCUCCUGGUGACAGGCUUUGUCAGAGUGUCAGCUGAUGAGCCACCAGGACCCCGGACACCGGAUGGGACAGCUCCUGGAUUCUGCCUCCUGGAUGAGAGCGUGCAGACAUGGCCUCAGGGUCCUAAGAUGCGAGAUGCGGAGAGGCUGUGAAACUCAGGGUCCCCUUCAUUCUGAGUCCCCUGUAGUACCCAGCCUUCCCUCUGCCCCGAGUAAGGACGGAUCCACUCUCAAGAGCAUGAGAACCCCUUGUGGCCGAGGUGUCCCCAGGAGCACUCACCAUGACUCCUGUGGCUAAUAUCAGGCAAGUACUAUUCCCAGCGACCCGAGGACCCAUGCCGAGCGUUGCAUUUCCUGGAGUCCCUCUCUUCCCCUUGAGCGCUUUAUUCCAUUUAUGCAGUUUACGUCUGAACCGGCCCUGUUCACAAACAGCGAUGUGGGUCCUCGUCUUCUGUCAGAUUCUGAGACAACAUGGGCACAUCCACUUUUUUCUGCAAAUGUUCACAUGUCAUUAAACCUCCUUGGUCACCUGGGGUUUCUGAAUAAAGCUUAUUCUGUCUCAGACUCCA